AUGGGCGGGGGAAGUCCCAAACCUGGAGGAAUGGGCAUGGGUGGGGGCAUGGGUGGUGGUAUGGGCGGGGGUAGCAUGGGUGGUGGAGGGAUGGGAGGAGGAGGUAUGGGAGGGAUGGGUGGCCACAGGCUGGCAACUCAUGAAAGCCCCCACGCGCCGCUCUCAUCCAGCCCCAACCCGUCCCCCACCCCGUCCCAGAUGUCAUCCGGGAUGGGAGGAGGAGGAGGAGGAGGAGGAGGCCCCCCACAUGGCCAGGGCCAGCAGGGCCAGCACGCCUCCAGACGGAACCUGCAGGUGGACGUGGGCGGUCGCACCGGCCGCUCGCCCUCCGUGUCCCCGGACAGGGGCAGCGCCCCCAGCUCGCCUUACUCGGUGCCCCAGAUCGCGCCCAUGCCCAGCAGCAAGCUGUGCCCCAUCUGCAACACCACCGAGCUCACCAGCCACAACGCCGCGCCCAACUUUAACAAGUGCACCCAGUGCCGCACCACCGUCUGCAACCAGUGCGGGUUCAACCCCAACCCCCACCUCACCGAGGUGCAGGAGUGGUUGUGUCUCAACUGUCAGAUGCAGAGAGCCCUGGGCAUGGACAUGACCACGCCGCGCUCCAAGAGCCAACAGCAGAUCCACUCCCCCUCCCACAAGCCCAAGCCCCAGGCAGAGCCCCAGCCCAAGCCUCCAGCUCAAUCACAGCCUCCUCCACAAGCCCAGCCCCAGCACCACCCUCCGCCACAGCAGCCCAAGCCUCAGCCACAACCCCAAAUGCAACCCCAGGCUUCACCAGGGCCUGCACGACACAUGGGGCCUGCUGGCCCACGCAUCCCCCACCCCGGGGCCGUGCCCCUCGUAGGCCUGGCCAAAGCUCCAUCCCAGCCCGACUUGGGUCGCGGCUCGCCGAUGCAUUACGGUGGCGGCGGGGGCAUCGGCGGACGCCCGGACCACACCCGCAGCGCCGGGAGCUCUCCGGCCCGCAAGCCCGCCCCCCAGGAGCAGGCGCAGGAAGGCCUGACCAAGCUCUUCGGCUUCGGGGCCUCGCUGCUCAACCAGGCCAGCAGCCUGAUCAACGCAGAGCCCCUCACCAACUCCACUCCUCAGCCGUCCCCGGCGCGCUCGGGCCCUGCCGGCGGUGUCCGGGUCCUGUUCAGCGAUGCCUCUUCCAAAGGACCCGCCGCACCACCAGGCGGCGCUGCAAAACCUCCUGGAGGGGGAGCUGCUUUCCAGCAGGGCCCCCACGCACCACCCCAACAGGGCCCCCACGCACCACCCCAACAGGGCCCCCACGCACCACCCCAACAGGGCCCCCACGCACCACCCCAACAGGGCCCCCACGCACCACCCCAGCAGCAGAGAGGGCCAUCAGGGCAGCAGACCCCUGUGCAGGGCUCCCCAGCCCACCAACAGAAGCCUCCCCAGCAGCAGCAGCAGCAGCCCCAGCAGCCGGCGCCAGUGGUGGCCCCCAAGCCGGAGCCCCCGCCGCCCAAGCAGGAGGAGCCCCCCAAGCCGCCUGCCGUCAACUGCCCGCUCUGCAAGACGGAGCUCAACAUCGGCUCUGCAGACCCGCCCAACUACAACUCCUGCACGCAGUGCCACACGCAGGUCUGCAACCUGUGCGGAUUCAACCCCACGCCACACCUGGUGGAGAAAAAAGAAUGGCUCUGUCUAAACUGUCAGACCCAGCGGCUAAUGUCGGGCGGGCUCGGAGACGAGAUGCCUCUUCCUGUUCCCCAGCCGUCACCCAAGCACCAGCCAAUGGGAUCGCCUCGACACCAAGCGCCAGCCAGUCAGCAGCCACCCUCCCAGAAAGUGUCCAAUCAGCAGCAGGAGGGGCCGAAGACUGUGCCACCACAGCAGAAAGCUCCCCCGGCUCAAGGCAGCGGUCCCUUCGCACCAAUGGCUGCUGCUAAGGCACCCGGGGAUGUGAAAGCCCCCGACCAGCCUGUCUCCACUCCUGGCCAGAUGUCUACCCCCGGCGAGGCAGAGAAGCAGCAGAAGAAUUUGGAGCAGGACAAGCCCAUCACCAACGUGGAGGAGACAGGGAUCAAGGACGCUAAGCCUGCUGCUAAAAAGGGAAUACAGGAGUCAACUCCUACCAUCACUGCUAAGGAUGAAAAGAGGGACUCUCAGAAAUCAAGAUAUUAUGAGGCAAACAAAACAAACAGCACCCAGGACCUGUCCAGGAGUCCGCAGAGCCUGAGCGACACCGGCUACUCCUCGGAUGGCAUCUCCAGCUCCCACAGCGAGAUCACCGGCCUCAUCCAGGAGGAGGAGAUGAAGCUGAGCGAGAGGGGCCUGAGCGGCAUCCACACCCCGCCCAGCCCCUCGGAGAUCACCAAGCUGGAGAGCUCCAUGAGGCCCCUGCUGGAGUCCAAGGUCAAGGACAAGGAGCGAGGCCGUGGCCGCCACCGCGACCAGUCCGACGAUCGUCCGCACUCGCUGUCAAUGAGCCCCGAGCCGUACGACUCGGACGAGGAGCUGGAGGACAUUCUGGAGGAGGAGGAGGAUCUUGCGGACUGGGAGGCCAAGCGAGAGCUGCGCGCCAUGGCCGCUGCGGGAGAGGAGGAGAGCGGUGGCGGCCGCAAGAAGAAGAAAGCCGCGGCAGAUCCCUCUGAGAUGACCGACGAGGAGUUCAUGAGGAGGCAGAUUAUGGAGAUGAGUGCGGAUGAGGAUAAUGAGGAAGAUGAGGAGGAGGAGGAGAUGGAGGAAGAGGAAAUGGAGGAGGAGGAAGAGGAGGAAGAUGAGGGUUACGGAUACCAAAAGUCUAAAAAGACGCACAAGCACAUGAGCGAAUCAGGGAAAGAGAAGCGACGCCUCACACACCACUCGAGCAGCUUCGAGGAAGAAACCAAAACGUCCAGCGAAGUGAAGAAAGGCUACGCAGAGGAAGGAGAAGAGGACCUGAUGGCUUCGCAAGGAGGCCUACGACGAUUCAAGACCAUCGAGCUAAACAACACCAACAGCUACACCCGUGACAUGGAACUGUCCAACGAGAAUGACCUAAGCCUGGACAGAGAACCCGAGCUCGAAAUGGAGAGCCUCACCGGCUCCCCAGAGGAGCGUUCCCGGGGCGAAUACUCCUCCACCUUGCCGCCGACCACGUCCAGCUACACCUCCGGCACCUCGCCCACCUCCAUAUCCUCCAUGGAGGACGACAGCGACAGCAGCCCCAGCCGCAGGGCCCGGCUGGAGGAGGCCAAGCAGCAGAGGAAGGCCCGCCACCGCUCGCACGGCCCGCUGCUGCCCACCAUCGAGGACUCAUCGGAGGAAGACGAGCUGAGGGAGGAGGAGGAGCUGCUGAGGGAGCAGGAAAAAAUGCGGGAGGUAGAGCAGCAGAGGAUACGGAGCACGGCCCGAAAGACCAAACGAGACAAGGAGGAAUUGAGGGCUCAGAGGCGGAGGGAGAGGUCCAAGACUCCUCCCAGUAACCUGUCUCCCAUUGAAGACGCCUCCCCCACGGAGGAGCUGAGACAGGCUGCUGAAAUGGAGGAAUUGCACCGAUCCUCCUGCUCAGAGUACUCUCCCUCCAUUGACUCGGAGGCCGAGGGCUAUGAGGUAUCGUCCAAGCUCUACAAGUCCAGCAGCGAGUACAACCUGCCGACCUUCAUGUCCCUCUACUCUCCAACUGAGAAGCCAGACGCAACCUCCACCACAACCACGACUACCUCAUCGAGUGGCAAGCCGUUGAAGAGUGCUGAAGAGGUCUACGAAGAGAUGAUGAGGAAAGCAGAGAUGCUGCAGAAACAGCAGCAGCAGCAACAGUCCCGCUCAGGGCAGCAGUACAACACGAGCGCCUUCCAACAGGAGGGCAUAAGAAAUGGGCAACAGUACGGCGAGGAAUAUGAAUAUGUUGAUCAAGAUGAAGCUGCAUAUGAAGAAGAGACAGGGGACAUCUAUGAGGAGAUUCGCCAAACCUCCCAGACGAUCACAAAAGAAUUGGACGAACAAGGUGAUAUUGAUGCGACUUACCCUGACAAGCAGCUCCUGGACACUGGCUCAGCCUUUGCCAAGCUGCUAGAACAGAGCAAUGCCCUCUUGACUCCAGGUACUAGUCCCACUCAACUCUCAGCCCCCGUCUCAUUCGCUGAAACAGGAAGGGGCAUUCCCGAUGUGCGCGUAACUCAGCACUUCUCCAAAGACGCUCAGAAGGACAGACUCAGAAGUCAAACUGGCAAAAAUGGCAUAACUCCUGUGGCAGCUGCAACCACCAUAGCAGCCUACGGUGUGUAUGCCAGAGAUGCUGUGACCGUGUCCACAACCAAUGUCAGUCAAACAGUGACCUCAACGCAGUCCAAUUUUUACGGCCGCCAAACUGGCAGCACUGCCACUACUACUACGACUGUCUCAAACGUCUCCAGCAAAAUAGCAGAGAUGACUCAGGCAUACAGUCAAAGAGAUAGCUCAGGAAGGAGGGUGGCAGAGAGCAGAGGAGUGCAAAUGAGAGACGGCUCAACCUCCUAUUACAAAAGUUCAAGUCCUCCCCUCUCCCCAAGUACAUCACCAGUCCAAAGCCCAACCCACCACAGUAGAAGUAGGACUGCAGAAUUCUCAACACAGACAUUCGGUUCGUCCAUGCCCGUGCAACAAGGGGGCUCACCUACCUCUCCAGUGAUGGCUCAGGGGACACAGACCCCCAACAGAUCAGUGUCUCCUCGCCUCUUCAGGCAGCAGUCCUCCCAGGAUGCACCUGUGGAUUAUGAGCCCACGAGCCCCUCGAGGCCAGUGACCGUCAACACUGCCACCUCUCCUCUCUCAUCCCCUACAAGAUUCAGUCGUCAGUCGACCUUUGAUUCCUACUCCCCUCCCGCGAGUCCUCCAGACACCCCCCCUCAUCAGCAGCCCCCCUCCCACUCCUUCUACAGGACCCACCGUGUUGAAAAAGUCAGUGUGGGCACAAGCAUGGUGACCACAGCAAGCACAUAUACUCGCGGCUCGCUAUCAAUGGACAACAUAUCCUUAUGCAGAAUAUCUACAGUUCCAGGCACCUCAAGGGUGGAGCAGGGUCAGAUGAUCCAUGGCGGAAGUGUGGUAGACCUAAGAGCUCCCUUGAGGACCCCUAUUAUCAUGACAGACCAGGGAAUGGACUUAACCUCAUUGGCUGCAGACUCACGCAGGUAUUCAGGCAGCGCGGAGGGCAGCCCUCUCCGACAUGCCACCAUCGUUCAGCCCCUGAUCAUGAACCUUAAUGCUCAGGAGCAACCACAUGUGAUGGCUUCCACACCCACGACUGUGAGCGUCACAGUGGCAGCAUCCAUGUUCAUCUCUCAACACAAGCAGCCUGUCAUUUACGGAGACCCUCUUCAAAACAGAGUGGAUCUGGGUCAGGGUAUGGUGGCCGUCUGCCUGGCCCAGCAAAAGCCUGGUCAGCUUGACCCCACAAUUCCAAAGAUUGAUGCCAAACUAGAGGACCUGAGCAUUCAGCAGGAGCAGCUUCGCCAACAGCAGCAGAAGCUCCAACAGCAGCAGCAGCUACUGGAACAGCAGCUUCAGCAGCAUCAUCAACAGCAACAUAGCCAGCAGUCUACUGCCUUCUCAAGAUACAACUUGAGUGGUCAGCAACCGCUGGUGAAGAAAGACCUGAUGGUGAGCCAAACCAACAGUGCCCAACCUGUUGUUAGCGCCAUAUCACCUGUUGUUGCACCUGACAUGUACAGUGCUGGAGCUCCCCUUGACAUGCCACCUGAUACUGCUGUGGUAAACUUGGCCACUAACAAGCCCCAUACAGCAAUGGUACAGAUGGAUGCACAAGGAGCCCCAGUGUCCCAGCUUGUGAAACCAGAUGAAGGUCAGGACAUGGUGGAUCUUACUGGCCAAAUUAAAUCUGAGAACCAAGCGGUGGCCUGCUGUGACGUUGUUUAUAAUUUGCCCUUCGGAGGUACCUGUGUGGGGGAAGUGGUUAGUGAGCCCUCAAGGCCCCCGUCUGCACCUCCCGAACUUUACCAACCAAUUGAGGCGGCAAUGGAGGCCCAGCAUUACCAGGACAUCACUAUAAAAUCAUACACGUUGCCCUUCCCCGGUCGACUGCAGCCAUCUAUGUCAGACACUAACCUAGCCGAUGCAGGACUAACAUCUUUCCAUUCAAAGUUUGAUCCACACCUUCAAGGACCUGGAGAAAUUGCGGUAGAUCUCGCAAUGAAAAACUCCUAUGAGCGUGGUCAGAUGGGCAUAGGUGUUCAGUACGGUUCUUACACUGAUCUACGACACCAAGGGGAUGUGACGGUGGCCCCCCUUCCAAUAAGGAGGUUCAACUCUCUAUCCAACAUUAAUGCAGACUAUGGAUACUCUGCUCGUGACCUUGCUAGUUUCCAGGAGUCCAAUCUUGCUCAGUACAGCGCAACUACUGCGAGGGAAAUUAGCCGUAUGUGUGCUGCCCUGAACUCGAUGGACCGCUAUGGAAGCAACCCUGACCUUGCAUCACAGUUUGGUGCUGGCAGGGGAACUCUCCCACCUGGUAGAAUUAGCCUGCAGCAGGGUUUGGCAGCUCUCAGGCCCAAUCUCAUGUAUGGUCCAGACGGCAAGCCACUCUCUCAUAGCCAAGCAUUAACCAAUCUCAUCAAUGCCAGACAGGCAAGUCUCCGAGCAUUGUACCCAUCUGCCAUAAGAUCUGCUGAUGGUAUGACUUACUCCACAAUCAACACUCCCAUUGCUUCCACUGUACCAAUUACAACUCAACCAGCCUCUGUGCUAAGGCCAUUGCUUAGAGGCGUUUACAGGCCAUAUCCCGCACCAAACAUGACGCCAGUACCUCUGGCUAGCCUCAGUAGAAUGCCCAUGAUGACUCCCAGGAUACCUAUGGCUGGACAGGCUCCUCUCCGCUACCCAGCACCUAGCCAGUUCCCAACAACAACUGCAGCAUCAGCACCACCAGCUACCACAGCUUCUGCUCCUUUCAAUGAUCCACCUCCAGUGACAAUUCAAGAAGCCCCAAUGUACCUUGGGAAAUCUCCCGUUAGUACUGCAUCUCAAGGCACAGCAGCAUCAGACCAGCCACAAGAUCAACCCAUGAAUCUGACACAGUCUCACCUUAACGCUCAAACACAAGCAUCCUCCAACCCUCAAGCACCAGGCCAAACUCAGCCCCCAUACCCAGCAAGCCAACCCCAAGGUCAGGCACCUGCCGCCCCGUCACCUCCCAAUCCUGCCAAUGCUCCCACUUCCUCAACCGCCAGAGCGGCAAAGGACCCAGAGGAAGAGCGUCUUCAGCGGCAACAGGAGCACCUGCUGCAGCUCGAGAGAGAGUGCGUGGAGCUUGAGAAACUCCGUCAGCUCCGUCUGCAAGAAGAACUCGAGCGGGAGCGCUCUGAACUGCAGAGGCAACGUGAGAAUGAGCAGGUGCUGGUACAACAGGAAAUCCAGGAGCUGCAGAAAAUCAAGCACCAUGUCCUGCAGCAGCAACAAUCUGAGAGGGAAAAGCAGUUGGUCCAGCAGAGGGAACAGCUUGCUCAGCAGAAAGCCCAGCUUGACCAGAUACAGUCUCUGCAGCACCAACUGCAGCAACAGCUUGAGGAACAAAAGAGGCAGAAAACAGCUGCAGCAGUGGCAGCUGCCACCAACGUUGUCAUCAACGAACUCAUCCCAGACAUGCCAUACGACCCUCACAUAGCGUCCAGGUCACUGCCCAACUCUGCGUCUGAGAUGUGCUUGCGUGAGGAGCAGGAAAGCAGGUCUAUGAGGAAACAGAGGUCCAUGCCUCGUCUCCAAGAUGGAGAUGGAAGUGAGGGAGGGCCUUACCCUUUGGCACGAAGAAUUGUGGACAGCAGUGUACAAACAGAUGAGGAGGACGGCGAGGACAGAUACCUCAUGUCCAGGCGGAGGCGAAACAGGCGUAGCGUUGACUGCAGCGUUCAGACAGACGACGAUGAGGAGAAGGCCGAAUGGGAACAACCCGUCAGACGCCGGCGAUCCCGCCAUUCCCGCCACUCCGAAUCUAGUGCUGAUGCCAAAACAGAUUCCGCAACCACCACCGCAGCAGCUGCCAAAGCAGCGUCCUCAAGCAUAGCCAUUCAGACCAUUCGAGAUGGCUCUUGUCAAACCGACACAGAACACCUAGGAAGAGUCUCCCCUGCCAUUCAGGUGACCGUGCCUGACCCGAACAGAGUCGAAAUUGUUCACUACAUUUCUGGUCCCGAGAGGACCCAGAAAGGCCAAAGUUUAGCUUGCCAAACAGACCAAGAGGCGCAGUCCCAGGGAGUGGUUGUCCCACAGAUCAGUGUUGCCACCACUGUCAGCCCCUACUCCACAAGUGUCCAGCUUGUUGGGUCAGACCCCCUCUCUCCCCGCCAGCAGGCAGCCAAGUUCGAGAGACGGAGGCCAGACCCAUUAGAGAUCAGCUACCAGCAGCAUCAUCUGCACAAUGAAUCUCUUUCUAACUUGAUUCGGCAGCCACCCAAGUCUCCUCAGGUUCUGUAUUCGCCAGUGUCUCCGCUGGCCUCUCCUCAUCGCCUAAUUGAAACAUCUUUCUCAUCCAGCGAAAGGCUGAAUAAGGCCCACGUCACUCCACAGCAGAAAUCCUAUACUGCAGAGUCACCCCAGAGGCACUCCACUCUGCCUCGACCAAUGAAGAAUGUCCAGAGGUCUAUGUCAGACCCCAAGCCCCUGAGCCCGACCACAGACGACCAUGCAAAGGCCAGGUUAUCCCUCUACCAACAACAGGCACUCCAGAGUCAGCUGGCUGCCCUGCAGCAGAGCUCCCUCCUGAGGAAGGUGAAGCGGACGCUGCCCAGCCCCCCACCCGAUGAGACCCAGCAGCAGCAGCACCAGCAGCAGCAGCAGCUGUCCAUGGUCACCCCCGCCCUGCCCCAGAUGUACAUGCCCUCGGUGCCCACUCUGAAGCCCGGCGCCCGACCCGGCCUUAUCGCCAAGGCCAGCCUGCUGAAGGACCUGACGCACGAGCUGAAGGCGGUGGAGCAGGAGUCUACCAAACUGCGCAAGCAGCAGGCUGAGCUGGAGGAGGAAGAGAAGGAGAUCGACGCCAAGCUCCGCUACCUGGAGCAGGGCAUCACGCAGCGUAAGGAGACCCUGGUGAAGGAGCGGGAGCGGCGCGAUAUGGCGUACUUGCGCUGCAUGGGCGAUGCACGCGACUACGUCUCGGACUCUGAGCUCAACAACCUGCGGCUGGCGGCCGCCGCGGCCUCCUUCGAGACCAACGGUUUGCUGACCAGGCCCAGCACGGCGCCCCUCAGCCAGUUCUCCAGUGAGCUGAGUACCGCCGCCCAGUAUCCCCCGACCUCAUCAUUCGUCUCCUACCAGUUCCCCCCCAGCCAGCCGGCUCCCGCUCCUCAGCCCUCCACCCCUUACCAGACCAGUGGAUUCAACCAGCCUCCCUACCCCACCAUCUCCCAGGCCCAGGCUCUCCCUCAACCCACCCCCCUGCCAUCUCAUCAUCCUACCCCCUCAUACCAGACACAAGGGACUUUCCCCUCCCAGACCUACCCGCCGGGCCAGCCUCCUUACCCGACCGAGCACAGCACGCCCCAGCCGGGACACCCUGCGUUCCAGGCUCCACCUCCGCCUGGCGGCCAGCCUCCAUACCCAACCCACUCUACGCCAUACCCGAGCCAGGCACCACCCUACCCGGUCAGCCAGGCAAGCACUUACCAACCUCAGGCCGACAUCCUCACAGUGCACCAGAGGCCCCGGCAGACCUCACUGGCUGACCUGGAGCACAAGAUGCCCACUAACUAUGAGGUCAUAAGCAACCCAGCGGUUGUCGUGACCACCACGGCUCAAGACGCCGCCUACUCACAGUCGGCCCCGUCUUAUGGGCAGUACACGUCGACCAUGGCUAGCACUUAUGGCCCGUACUCCAGUUCUGUUUCCAGCACUUACGGAGGCUACCCCACAACCACAGCGAGCUCCUAUGGGCAGUACACCACAACCGUGGCUAGCACUUAUGGCCAGUACACCACAACCAAUGCCAACACUUACGGCUACACCACCACCACAGCCAGUUCCUAUGGACAGUACUCAACCUCGGUGACCAGUUCGUACGGCCACGCUGUCGAUGGCACGUCCACCUACGCCACCGACAGCAUGUAUGGCUCUUCCACCAUGGACCCCAACGGUCCUAAGAGCUACAUGGUGAUCGAUGACAUCAGCGAGCUGACCAAGGAGGGCAUGGGCACCACCGGCGACCCGCACCGCGGCGAGGGACACGGGCGCUACGGGGGCGACGCCGGCGUCCAUCCCCGCGGAGGAGGGAGCUCCUACGGCAGACCGGAGGACGAGCAUCAGGAAGACCUGUACGACCAUCACCAAGGCAGCAGGGGUAAGAGCACGACCGGCGGCUACCAUCCGCGAGGGGCAGAUAUGUAUGGCCGGGUAGUGGGCAGCAGUAGCAUGGGUGGGGGAUCGUCCUAUUACUAUGACGACUACGGCAAGCAGCAGACCACGCGGGCGGCCCAGAGGCACUCGUCCAAGAGCUUGGCUCCGGCUGUCAUUUCGUCCACCAAGCGCAGCAAGCACCGCAAGCAGGGCAUGGAGCAGAUGAAGAUCUCCAAGUUCUCGCCCAUCGAGGAGGCCCGCGACGUGGAGGCCGACCUGGCCGCCUACACCAUGGGCACCGCGGCCACCAGCGGCUACGGUUCCGGCUCCAGGUCCCGCAAGCUCGACGACUUCGGCUACGGACUGCACAAGGGCGUCUACGACCCCCAUAGGGGCUACUACGAGGACCCCAACCAGCUGUACAGCCACGGCAGGUCCCGCUCCACCGGUUACGUGAUGGACAACAAGGUGGCCACCAGGGACUCGGGUUACCGCAGCCGGUCGUACGAGCGGGACUACUACGAACGCUCGUACCGGAGCGGCUACGGCCGCAGCGGGCGCCCCACUUUGCGCUCGCAGUACUCUGAGGAGGAGAGCCCGCUCAGCGAUAUGGGCGUCGGCCGUGGCUACAUGGGGCCCGACCCUUACAAUCCGUACGGCUCCAGCCACUCCCUGCCUGACGUGCAGGACCACAUAAGAGACUUGCCCAGGACUCACGUCUACAAAUCUGACGAUAUGUACAUUAUAGACGAUUACCAUUGUGCUGUUUCAGACAGCGAAGCCUACCACUUGGGCCAGGAGGAGACCGACUGGUUCGAGAAGCCGCGCGGCGACGUGCGCAGCUCCCGCCACUACGGCAGCAGUGGAGGGCACUCCUCCAGCAGGCGGAGUCACGUCAAGCAGCAGCAGCAGCAGCAGCAGCAGCACACGUACCAUGAUUACGACGAGCCUCCUGAGGAGGACCUGUGGCCCCAGGAGGACUACGCCCACUCCACCUCGCGAUCCCACUCCUCGUCCCGCGAGCACCGCCACCACGGCAGCGGCAGCUCCGGACGGCACUCCUCGUCGCGCCACGGGGACGAGCCCCGCUCCUCGCGAUCCUCCCGCUCCUCCAAGGACCCGUCCAUGCGCCACGGAGACUCGCGGUCCAUGUCCUCGUCCUCGGGGAAGAGGGGCGACUCGCGUUCCCAGGGCUACCACUCCUCGGACUACUCGCGCGACCCGUCCGGGCACCACCACGGCCAACGCUCCAGCAGCCGCUCCUCCCACCACCAGGGCUCCUCCAGCAGGAGCAAGCAGCAGCAGCAGGACCUCCAGGGACAGCCAGGGUCCACCAGGCAGCCUGGCUCCUCCGGGUCCAGGACGCCUAGUGGCCAAGGCAGGCAGUCCGGUUCCACGCUGCCGCCUGAUGGGAUGCAGGGCCAGCGGGUGACGCUACAGCAGCAGGCCCAGACGUCGGCGGCCAGGCCCGGCCAGCAGGUGCCUCCAGGGGGCGCUGGAGUGCAGCCACAACAGCUUCAGCAGACGGCACAACAGCUUCAGGCCAAGCCGGGUCAAGCAGGCCCAGCAGGGGCAAGACCAGCAGGAGCAGGGGCAGUACCGGGAACAACCCCUGCCACAGGGGUGGCGCCUGCACCUGCACCUGCAACGGCUAUUGGAGCUAAAGCUGCGACAGCCCAACCUGCUAUUGGAUCUAAAGCUGCUCAGCCUCCGCUUACAGGCAUAGGCUCCAAGGCGGCUGGCAUGGCUGGCAUCGGUGGGGCAGCAGGGCAGCCUGGCGCGGAGGGCGAUAGCCUGCUGUCCAAGGUCCUGCCCGGCGGCGGAGCAGCAGGAGUGGCGGAGCAGGCUGGGAAGCUGGGCGAGGCCAUCUCUGGAUUUGGCAAGAAAUUCACUUCCUUCUUCUGA